AUGUACCUGCAUGCUAAUAACCUCUAUGGGUGGGCUAUGAUGCAAUAUUUGCCCUACGGUGGUUUUAGAUGGCUGACAGAAAAACAAAUCGAAAAAUUAGUAAAAAAAGAUAAUAUACCAGAGGAUAAUAAAAAAGGAUAUAUAUUAGAAGUAGAUUUGGAAUAUCCUACAGAGCUUUGUAAUUUACAUAAUGAUUAUCCCUGUGCACCAGAAAAGAUGAACAUUACAAAAGACAUGUUAUCUCCAUAUUGUAAACAGAUACAGGAGAAAUUUGGUAUUAGUAUAGGACAAGUAUCAAAACUAGUUCCUACGCUAUUAAAUAAAACAAAAUAUGUACUCCAUUAUAGGAAUUUACAACUAUAUUUGGAACUAGGCCUGACACUCAAGAAAGUACAUAGGGUCUUGGAAUUUAACCAAAGUCCAUGGCUAAAGCAGUACAUUGAAUAUAAUACUAAUAAACGGAUGCAAGCUAAGAAUGCCUUUGAGAAGGACUUUUUUAAACUCAUGAUUAACUCAGUCUCUAGCAAAACAAUCAAGAAUCUUAGAAAGAGAGUGGAUGUACGAUUAGUCACAGAUCAUAACCAGUAUUUAAAGAUCGUAUCAAAACCAUCAUUUUCUGGUAGUAAGGCCUUUAAUGAGAAUCUGGUCGCAGUACAUGAAAUAAAGGAAUGUUUGACCCUAGACUGGCCUGCAUAUGUAGGUAUGUGUAUUUUGGACUUAAGUAAAACACCGAUGUAUGAUUUUCAUUAUAUCACAAUCAAGAAAAUGUAUGGUAACAAGGCUUAUAACACAAUCAAGAAAAUGUAUGGUAACAAGGCUAGAUUACUAUUUACAGAUACAGAUAGUUUAUGCUAUGAAAUUGCUACGGAAGAUGCCUACCAAGACAUCUGGUCCCAGAGAGACUUAAAUGAUUUUAGUGAUUAUGCUAAAAAUAGUCCUUUUUAUAAUGCUAGUAAUAAGAAAGUACCAUGUAAAUUCAAAGACGAAUGUGGCGGAUUACCAAUGGGUAGUUUUAUUGGCCUCCGGAGUAAGAUGUACAGUUAUUUGAUGGAUAACGGGAAGAAUAAUAAAACAUGUAAGGGGGUUAAGAAAGAUGUCAUAAAGAAAAAUAUAUCACAUAGAUGCUACGAAGAUGUAUUAUUUAAUAACAAAGAGAUAUUACAUAAAAUGAAUACAAUCCGGGGUGAUCAUCAUAGACUUAGUAGCUACCAGGUAAAUAAAAUAUCGCUUAGCUGCUUUGAUGAUAAACGGUAUAUACUCUAG